AUGCAGAGACAGAUCGAGAUGCUGCAGAGACAGCGACAGCUACUGGACUCGGCGGUGGUCAAUGCACGCACCAACGCGGUGACGCAUGCCAUCGACCUCACCAAGGGCUUCUACGUACACUUCUCUAACGGAUACAACCCUAUGAGCCACCCAGAGCAGUCCAGACAGGCAGAGACAUUUCUUCGAGGAAUCAUGAGGAAGGACGCUAUCUGCUCUGAAUUCCAGGGUGUCGACUUGUUCUUGAGUCAGUACCAAAUGGCCACCGAGAGUCAUGCCUCGAUGCGUGUGUUCGUUCACGAGAUCGUCGUCGUUAACCAAGACUUGUCGUCCAAAGAUAACUCGAUUCAGAUAUUGGCGAAGGCCACCGCUCGCUUCCGUGUGAGUCGCACGACGCUGGAGAAACUGUUCCCGCGUAUUAUUGACGACGAAGAGCUCACCCAACAGCUUAUCGGCAAGGAGUACGCUAUCCAGUAUGACAAGGUGUUUCACUUUAAGCAUGGCCGAGUCUUCCAGCAUGAAUCGCAAGUCGAUUUUUGCAAUAGUAUGCUGGAGAUGGCGCAGAAUCCUUUUGUCGCAAUGAAGCUCCUGGAGGCAUCGCUGAUGACCAAGCAUGGGCAUCUGAAGCUGGAUAGCAACAUCGAGGAAGACAUGAAUCAACUCGACAAUACGGCACUGUAA